AUGAAAUGCUACAGGGACUAUCUGACGUGUCCCACAAAAUAAUAAAACGAACAAGAUCGAGUUAAAUGUAUUGCAUAAAUGGAUAGUUACUAAAUGUGAUACAAUCUCAUCAAUAUAUGAUGAUACAAAAGAAAUCAGACUUAAUUCGUAAGCUUCUCACAGUGGACAUGAAAUUAUUCAACUGAAUUUAUGUUCAGCUCGUGGUGUUUUAAGACAAGACUUCACUCCCUUCAUGUGUGUAUUGUUCGGCAAUGCUGAAACUAGGCGGUAUGGGACUUUUCUGACGAGCUUUUGACGUGAUUCUUUUAGAAUAACGUCUACCUUAACUAGUUAUGAUUCAUGCGGAAUGGAAAAUAUUAACGCCUAAGUAUUCUAAAAGUUAGGUCAUAUUUAAUAGGUUAACAAGCUGAAUCUUCCUAAAUCGCCAUGUUUAGCUCUCUGAACGUGCAACGAGGGGUAAGUUCAAAUAGCAGCAGCGUGAUCAACCGAAAUCUAACCACCACCACCACAACCGGACAUGAGUGCAGUGUGUUCAAUUUGACCAACAGUGAAGAUGACGACGAGGUUAUAUUUGACACGUCCGACUCGGAUAACAACUGUGAGGUUCUGAUAGCUGGCAAGCAGUACCUGUCCACCCAGGAGUUUGCCUCUGCCAUCCCCAACCACCUUCUGCUUGGGUCCCUGCUGGAACACCUGUGCUUUGUCUACGAGAGCGACCCGACCCGCUCACGUAUGCUGUUCAAAGUCAUUGGUCAGCGUUUAGCAGCGAUGAACCUCCUCUCCCCAUUGGCCAUCAGUGAGGAGUUCAGUUCAGUCAGACUCCAGCACAACAGAGCCUUCAUUGAACUACUGGAUGCUGCCAGCACCUCCCUGUUCCCACAGGGUCAAAGAUUAUGUAAUACAGACAGCCAGAGCCUUACGCUAAGACCAACAGAAGGUCUGUUCCAGGCACAGGCGUCGCGCUACCUCAGCGAGUUUGAAGAGCUCUCUAGACUUGGAAAAGGAUCCUAUGGCAAAGUCUUUAAGGUAACAAACAAGCUGGAUGGCCAGAAGUAUGCUGUGAAGAAAAUUCUCAUCAAGAAUGUUUCACGGGAAGACUGCAUGAAGGUUCUCAGAGAAGUUAAAGUGUUAUCCAGUCUUCAGCACAUCAACGUAGUGGGCUACCACACUGCCUGGAUGGAGCAUGUCGCACCUGCUUUUAUCAGUGACUUCCGUUACUUCUCUCCUCUGACGUACCCUGCAUCAAUACUCCCAGCACUGGAAACGCCUGCGCUGCCAGAACGCACUGAGGAGAGUACCGGCAGUAGCAACAGCUCCUCAAUAGUCUUUGAGAGCUCAGAUCACUCGAAGGAGCCAGUGGCCAUUGCAAAAGUACCAGAGAUCCUCCGGGUGAAAGCCCUGGCCCCUAAAGAGGAGAAGAGCACACAGGCGGUGUGUCCUAAAACCAUGCGCCACACCCGUGUCUCAGAGAACUUUGUCCCCUGUGUGUUCCUGGGACGGCGUGGCCUGACACCGGACGGUUGCCCUGUGGUCAGCUGGGAUGGCUCGGCCCUGUCAGAGGAGGCUUCAGGAACCAGGAACAAGAUGGAGCUGAACAACAACUCCUACAUCGACGUGGGGAGCGAGGAAUGGGACACGAAAUGCCCCACCAAGGAGGUGCAGUUCCACCUCAUGCUGUAUAUUCAGAUGCAGUUGUGUGAACGUUCACUCAAAGACUGGAUCUCAGAGAGAACCACCGAACACAUCUCACAAAAUCCUUAUGGGUCUGUGGACAUCAAACAAACCCUUAGCAUUCUACAUAAAAUACUUGAAGGAGUGGAAUACAUUCACUCUAGAAGUAUCAUGCACAGAGACCUGAAGCCCAGGAAUAUUUUCCUGCAUGGACUUGACUGCCAUGUGAGGAUUGGAGACUUUGGACUGGCUUGCAGGGAUAUAAUAAUGGAUGACGAGGCAAAGCCACCCUCCACCUCACAGAACACCGGUUCCUCACACACCACUGGAGUUGGGACAUUUGUUUAUGCUGCACCUGAACAACUGGAGGGCUCCCACUAUGAUUCAAAGUCAGACAUGUACAGUGUAGGAGUGGUGGCCCUGGAGCUGUUCCAGCCCUUUGGGACAGAGAUGGAGCGCGUGCGUACACUAGGAGACCUCCGUGAGGGGAAGGUCCCAGACGCCUUCUCCCAGUGCUGGCCUGUCCUGGCCAAGUACAUUACACUGCUGACCAGCAGAGACCCCUCUCUACGACCCAGCGCCACACAGCUGCUGCAGAGCGAGCUGUUCAGCAGCAAAGACAUGGUUAUCCAUGGCUUGCAGAGAAGGGUUGAAGAGCAGGAAGAGGAGAUAGUUCGACUCAGGAGACAGAUCAGUCAGCUACAGACUCAGAGCAGGCAACAGGCAUCCCAUCCAACCGACAAGACCUGACAUCAACCACCUCUGCCCAUCUUCAAACCCAAUAUAUUCAAACCCUUUACCUUACCACAUGAAUAAUUUGGUGCACAUGGUUGAAUGUGUGUGUGGAUCUAACACUGUGACAUUUUAACGUUUUAAAACGGUACAAUAAAUCUUAUUUAAUUUA